AUGGAAGAUUUCGCAUAUGUUGACAAAAAUGUGUACAUAAAUGUUCUUAUGCUACUUUUAAAAAAAACAAAGGAAUAUUUUAUAGGAAUUGGUAUUUUAAAAUUACUAUUUUGUGUAUGUAUAAUAUGUAUUAGCAUUUUUUUUGCAAAAAGAAAAAAUAAAAAAAAGCGGAAAAUUAAUAUAUAUUUACAGUUAAAUGAGAGCGGGUGUACUAACGGAGAAGACGUUGUAGUGUUAGAUUAUAAUAAAAGGAGCACUACUAAAGAGGAAGCUGGAUUAAAAGAAAGAAGUUCAAAACUAUGCGAAUAUGUAAAAGUACAUGAAAAGAAGAAUCAUUUUUAUCGUUUAUCAUACAGCUCACAUGUAUUUGAUUUGAGGACGAUAAACCGAAUAGAGUUAUGUAAUGUGUGCAAUGAAAAUAUAUAUGCAUUUAUUUUUUUUAAAAAAAAUAUAUUUGAAUGUAUUAUGUGCAGAAACAAAUGUCAUAUAGAAUGUGCUCCAAAUUGUAAUUUAAUGAGUUGUAAAACAAGUGUAUUUUUUAAAAAUAAACAUAAAUUUAUAAAAGUUCGAAAUAAUUUAUGGAAUAAUAAAUGCUCUAUAUGUAAUAAAAAAUUUUCUUUCUUUUCGCUUUAUAUUUUUAUAAAACGAUAUAUUUAUAAAUGUAUAUGGUGUAAUAAAUGUUUCCAUGUAAAAUGUGUAAAUAAACAUUUUUCUAAAAGAAGAAUUAAAGAUGCUAAAAAUGAACACAAAAAUAUAGUAUGUACAUAUAAUAAUAAUAAAUACUUACUAUACCCUUAUGAAGUAUUUAUUAAGGAAAAUGUGUUAAUAGAUUUCUUAAUACAUGCAUAUAAUAAAGUAACAGAGGAAGAAACAAAAAAAGAUGAUAUUUUGUUUAGUUAUAAUUCUUUAAAUAAUUAUGGUAUGGACCAAAUUGAUAACAAAAAGAAGAUAGUAGAAAAAAGGGAAGAUAUGAUGAUGAUGCCACAUAAAACAUUAGCAAAAGACACGAAAGAACUUCUUUAUUUUGAUUAUGUUAUUAAUCCUUUGAAAAAAUUAAAAAGAUAUAAAAAUGUGAACUGUAAAAAAAAGAAUAUUAUUAUUCCUGUACAUAUUAAUUUUAUAUUAAAUUUUUUUCCAAUCCAUUUACCUAUUUACCAAGUGAGAAGUAGUAAAAAAUUUUUUUUAAUAUUUGUUAAUGUAAAAAGUGGAGGACAAACUGGUAAAAAUUUAUAUCAAGAACUGUUAAUGCAUUUUAAUCCUAUACAAAUUAUAAGUAUAAGAAAUCAAAAAAAUGUGUUGAACGCUCUUAAUAUGUAUAAAGAAAUGUUUUAUUUAAAUAAAGUCAUUCUGUUAUUAUGUGGUGGAGAUGGUACUAUAAGUAUUUUUGUCGAUACUUUAAUUAAAUUUUUCUCAAGUCAAUUAGUUUAUGACUCAAAAAAGGAAAAAAAAAAAAAUACUCAUGUAGGAAACACAAAUGAAAAUAUAUUCUUCAUUAGAGGUUUGUUUUUAAAUAAAACGAUCAAAAAUAUAAAAGAAAAAUUAAAACACAACAAAGAUAUGUUAAGGAAAAAAUGGAAUAACAAAGGAAAUACCCAAAUGAAUAAAGAUUCCAAUAUAUUUUCCAUAAGAGAAAGCGAAGAAAAAACUAUCAAAACUGAUGAUAGCACAAUGAAUGAACGAAGGACAGAAGAUGUGCUUUUGUUUAGGGAUCACCCGCGUGCCCAUAAGGGGGAGCAUCUUACUAUAAGUGGGGAAUGUGUGGGUAGUAGGAGUGCAUAUUACUCUCCCGCUGCUCCUUUAGUAUCUUCCACUUCUUCUGCCCAUGCUGCUUUCUCUGCUGUGAACUAUUUUCAUAGUGAUGUUCAUAAUAAUGAUAUCAUUGAUGAAGUAGGCAGGGGGACGCCAAACGCGGGUGCAAAUAUGGACAUAAACACGGAUCUGAAUAGUGACAUGAAUAGUGACAUGAAUAGCGGCAUGAAUAGCGGCAUGAAUUGCGGCAUAAAUAGAGGCAUAAAUAGCGGCAUGAACAGCGAAGUGAUUAGCGGCCUUAACAGUGACCUGAGUAUCGACUUGAAGAACGACCUGAAUAAUCUAGAUAAAUGGAAAAAGAGGAAUAAAUACAAUUACAUCCUUAAAAAAUUAAAAAAGUUUAAGAAGAAAAGUACCAAAGAAGAAGAUAUUUGCAGAGAGAGUACCAUAAAGAGUUUUCCAAAUGGAAACUCAAUGACAGAUAAUUGUAAAAGUAGUAAUCCUUUAAUUUAUAGAAAAAAAGAAGAAAAUAAUGGAGACUCUUAUUUAUCUACCAAAGGGGUAGAAAAUGAAAGGAUGUAUAAAAAUAUUCUUUACCAUGAUUACAAGGAAAAGACAGCAUCGACAUGUUUCAGUACUAAAACGGGAUUGAAUGAAACUUCAGUAUCCUAUUACAGAGAGGGAGAAGAAAUAUUCAGUGCAUACAUCAACAAUGUGAAUGGUACUAAUAAUUGUAACAGGUGUUAUAAUAGCAUAUGUGAUAAGUGUCGCGUUAAUAAGGAUGAUCACCUAGGAAAUGAAAAUAACAACAAAGGUAACAAUCAUAAUGGUAAGGAGAACGUUAAAAAUGCAAGUGAACAGAGGAAGUAUAUAAAGAAGAAUAAAAAUAAAACAAAGGAGAGUCUUCAUAUAAAGGAGGUGCCAUAUGCUAACGAUAGUGAUAAUAAUAGCGUAUAUAAAAUUGAUAAUGGUUAUAAGAUUAUCGUUCGAAAAAGAGAUGGAGAAACUCGUGUGGUGGGUGAUCAGUAUAAUUGUAGCAAAAAGGAAGUUGUAUGUAGUACUCAAACGGAAGAGGGUAAAGGACAAGGCUUAGAGUUAGAAUUGGGCCAAGAAAUAAAACUGGGUGAAGAAGUAAAACUGGUAAAGGAAAAAAAAGGGGAAAAGAGAAAAAAGAAAAAACUCUCCCUCGAAUCAUGCAUUUCCAACACACCCAUAGGUAUAUUGCCACUAGGGACAGGAAAUGAUUUAAGUAUCAGUUUGGGAUGGGGCAGUGGGUAUAACAACGGCCUUUUUUUUUAUUUAAAUAAAAUAAAAAAUAGUAAAAAUGAAUUAGUUGAUAUAUGGAAUAUAAAAGGGUAUGACUUAGACAAAAACAUCAUUUUAAAUAAUAGUUUCAUUAAUUAUUUUGACAUCGGAAUAAUAUCAAGAUUAGCUUUACAUUUUGACAAUAUUCGAAAAAAAUUUCCUCAUUUUUUUAACAGUCGAAUAGGUAAUAAAAUAUUAUAUGGGGAAAUUGGAUUUCGUGAUUUUUUUUUUAACACAUAUAAAUAUAAACUAAAUGAAAAUAUUAAAAUAUAUUGUGAUGGGAAAAAAAUAAAUAUUGAUGAAGAUUUAGAAAGUGUAUGUCUCAUAAAUAUACCGCAUUUUUUGGGUGGGGUAAAGAUAUGGAAAGAGGACGAACUGGAAAAAAAUUACUACUCAGAUGUAGAGAGGGAGCAGCAGCAUAGGGGAGAAGGAGAAGAAGAGGAUGGAAAUGAAGAUGUGGAUGUAGAUAUAAUUGAUGAUAUAGAUACCGACGGGGAUAUCGAUAUGCAUGACAAAGUAGACAAGAAAAAAAAGGCAAAAUUAAAGUUAAGUAGUAAUAAAGUAUCAUCCCUUGGUUGCCCCAAGCACAUACAUGAUUAUGACAGCUUCUCAUAUAAUGAUGAUGUUCGUGCGGAACGACAUAGUAGGAGUUGUCAUCCUAAAUUAAAUAAGAAUAUAGAUAAUAGUUACAGAGCGGGGAAAAAAGGCGUUACAAAAAGGUGCGCAUAUAAAUAUUAUGAUAAACAUGAAUACGCAUUGCCCGAAUUGAAGAAAAAUUAUGAAUCUAUUAAAAAACAGGAGAAGAAAAGUGAGGAUAAUGAGGAGAGUCCUAAAAAUGACAAACCACUCGAUUGUAGUAACAUAUAUAAAUCGUACAGACUAGAUUUUUAUAAACAGAAGAAAGGACAGCAAAAAUUUCGUAAACAGAGGACCGAUGAUAAAGUUAUUGAGGUAAUUGGCUUUAGAAAUAUGUUCCACUUAGUUCAAGUGCAAAUAGGAAUGUCUAAAGCAAUCAAAUUAUGCCAAGGGAGUGAUAUCGUUGUUAAAAUAGAUAAGAAGUUCAUUGAAAGCAAAAAUAAAAUGUACUUUCAGUAUGAUGGGGAACCCGCCUUUCUUAAUAUCCACAAGUUGCAUUUUACGCAUAAAUGCCAAUGUUUGUUUUUGUCUCCAAAGACCCCAAUUUGA